AUGUGGGAACUCCUGCAGAGAUUACUACAUUUCUAGCAUGCAACUUCAUAUGGCCUCCUUAUAGACAUUCUAUACUUAAUGCUCUUAGUGCAGUUAAGUUUUAUGCCAGUCCAACUGAAAUCAUUAUUUAAGCUAGGUCUUAUAAGGAAGGGUAUCCUAGUAUUUGAUGAGUAUUUAUAAAUGAUGGGUUUGUCUCAAUCGCUCCUCUCUAUAUAAACUUCAAACAAUUUAUUCUCAUUUAAACUUGGAGAAUCAUUAGUUUUAUUUGUUUAAUUGUUCUUGGGUGCCUGGUCCCAUGAGUGGAGUACCUCUUUCUUGUUCAAGCAUUACUGA